UCCAUCUGUCUAAUUGUCUCUUAUAUUAUAGUAGUACUUUUUAUUUCUUUUCUUAUUUAUUUUUUAUAGUCAAACUAACCAAUUGGUCAGUCAUAUUCAUGGGUGACAGCUACAACCUAUAAAUUAUUGGAUUCACACUUACACUUACAAUUUCCUUCAACAAUUCUUUGUUUCACAGCCUCAAAUCAGUUUUUGUGGAGUUUCUUCAGUUGGGUCUAUGUUUUUUUCUCAAUCUUUAGCAUUUUGAAGUUGUUUUAAAGAGUGAGAUAGCUUAAAGAUUCAAUCUUUUUUGAGGUUUUUUGGUGAUGGGUUCUUGUUUUAGUGUUAGAAUCAAAGCUGAAAGUCCUCUUCAUCAUGGCAGCAAAAGCGGAAAUGAAGUGAGUGGAUCUAGCGGUACAUUGCCUUCAACUCCUCGAACAGAAGGCGAGAUCUUGCAGUCUUCGAAUUUGAAAAACUUUAGCUUCAAUGAACUGAAAGCGGCCACUAGGAACUUCCGCCCGGACAGUGUUUUGGGUGAGGGCGGAUUCGGUUGUGUCUUCAAAGGAUGGAUCGAUGAGCAUACACUAACGGCUGCCAAGCCGGGAACGGGGAUGGUCAUUGCUGUAAAGAGGCUUAACCAAGAGAGUUUCCAAGGUCACCAAGAAUGGCUGGCUGAAAUAAACUACCUCGGUCAGUUAUAUCAUCCGAAUCUUGUGAAAUUGAUUGGAUAUUGCUUAGAGGAUGACCACCGACUUCUUGUGUACGAAUUCAUGCCUAAGGGCAGCUUAGAGAACCAUCUAUUUAGAAGGGGUUCUUUUGUUCAACCACUCUCGUGGAUUCUCCGCUUAAAGAUUGCGCUUGAUGCUGCUAAAGGGGUAGCCUUUCUUCACAGCGACAAGGCCAAAGUCAUUUACCGAGAUUUUAAGGCUUCCAAUAUCCUGCUCGAUUCAAAUUACAUCGCUAAACUCUCUGAUUUCGGGUUGGCCAAAGAUGGGCCAACAGGUAGUAACAGUCAUGUUUCGACCAGAGUAAUGGGUACCUACGGGUAUGCAGCUCCUGAGUAUAUGGCCACAGGUCAUCUAACUAAAAGGAGCGAUGUGUACAGUUUCGGGGUAGUUCUCCUUGAAAUUCUAUCAGGGAGACGAGCGAUAGACAAGAAUAGGCCAGCGAGAGAACAUAGUUUAGUUGAUUGGGCAAGGCCUUAUCUUACCAGUAAACGCAAGAUUUUGCAGGUUAUGGAUGCUCGAAUCGAAGGCCAGUAUAUGUUAAAACAUGCGUUAAAAGUGGCCAAUCUGGCAAUGCAAUGCAUAUCACCAGAACCAAGGUUUAGACCGAAGAUGGAAGAAGUGGUAAAAGCAUUGGAACAACUGCUCGAGUCCAUCGACAAUGAAGGUUCUAAGGGAUUCCGUAGCGAUAGCCUUCGAAAAGCUAAUCGAGGUUCGAGCAACGGUCCUAGGCAUCACCGGAAAAGUACCGAAGACAUUUCUAAUGGAAGAGCUGCAUCAAGGUCAAGGCCAUCUGCUUCUCCUCUACGCACAUAAAAUCGUAAUGAUAAUCUAAUCAUUGCUUCACUAAUUGCAUGCUAUGUUGCACGAAAACUUUUUGAAUCCCACGAUUCGGCAUUUUGUUUCCGAAAACGCUUCUGAAUAUUUAUAUUUAUAACCUAUUUUGGUAAAAAAUAUAUAGUUGUCGUUUAUUGUUUCAGCGUUUUCCAUCUUUUAUGUUGUCGUGCAACAUAACUUGCGAAUUCUGUUGAAUGAGCACGACAUUGUAAAGAGAAUGUGAUGAACAAUGUGGUGUUGUACAGCUCUGUAUUUCCAUUUAUGUUAAAACUUAACAUUGGUCCACUGAUAAUACACAAGUUUUGUGCUGGUUAACAA